AUAGCGAAAGUGAUAAUAAAUGAUGAGCGUCAUAGACGUCCCGCGGUGCUUCACACACAAGAUAAAACUGAUAUAUAAUUGCAGUUACCACUUCACUAUAAAACAGAUGCCCAGCUUUACUCCAGCACAGAGUGACUUCUCCAAGUGAAGUGUGUUAAUCGAUAUCCUAUAAAUCUUCAAAAUGGUGUCUGACUUCAGAAAGAAGAAGCUUUUGCACGUUUUCAACUCAUUUUUCGACAGAAACGCGAGCGGUUCUAUCGACAAAAGUGACUUUGAUCUAGCGAUCGAGAAUAUAUCCAAAUUGCGAGGCUGGAGCGCCGGGGAUGCGAAAUAUAAGGAAGUGCAAACUGCUUUGUUGAAGAUAUGGGAUGGUUUGCAGAGCCGCGCAGAUGUUGACAGAGACGGUGAGGUGAGUGUGGAUGAAUGGAUUUCGAUGUGGGAUGAGUAUGCCAAGAAUCCAUCUGCCCCUCUCGAAUGGCAAACCUUGUACUGCAAGUUCAUAUUCCAAUUGGAGGAUGCAAGUGGUGAUGGAGCUAUCGAUGGUGAGGAAUUCUCCUCUGUCUACGCCUCCUUUGGACUAAACAAGGAUGACGCGUUAGCGGCUUUUAGAAACAUGUCAAAAGGCAAGCCUAAUGUAUCCUGGAGCGAGUUCCAGGAAUUGUGGAAGGAAUACUUCACUACCGAAGAUCCCAACGCCCCUGGAAACUUCAUUUUCGGAAAGGCAAAGUUCUAG